AUGAUCAGGAGACGCAGUUUAUGCAGGUCCACGCUGCCGCUGUUGGGUCAUGGCCAUGGCAGUCGGUGUUGGACCCUCUUUGCCAAGCGGGUAGCCGUCGCCCUCGCCUUGUCGUUGGCCGCCGUGCCCAUGGAGCGGCCGGCUGGGUGCGUCGUGUUGUGUCGCGACGAUACACGCUGCGCUUCCGCUGACGACUCGCCAUCCUGGUCUGCGAGCUUCCUCUGCCGCCGCUGUUAUUGA